GUGUGAGGUAAGGUCAGGGCCUGUGAUGCUGGUUCUAGAAUGGGGAGAGGUCAGUGCUGGUACAUUAUGGGGAGAAGAGGCACCAGCCUGAUUCCUACACUGGCAAUGUCUUAUUGUGUGAAGGAAAAAGCUUCUUCGGGUUUUUUAACUUCCAUCCAAGAUGCCAGCAGACAGCUCCAAGUGGCAAAGAGCAGUCUACUAAGUGUUUAUCAGUCUGGGGAGACCUCUAUUCCUGCUGGGGUUCUGGUUCCAGGAGUGCUCAGAAGGAAAACACAGGAACUUGCAGCUCCUUCACAUGUAGAAGCAACCCUUGUGUAUCAGGAGAAGACACUAAAGCAGCCCUGUAGUGGUGCCCAGCAGAGUCCAAGGUUCCCUCUCAGUAGCAGAUCAGGGUACAGGGACAUAAGGUGGGAGCCUUAUAGUGGACACUAUUGUGGAAGGUAUUCUAGAAAGUUUCCCCAGCAUAAACAGGAUGAGAUCUUUAUAUGGGAUUAUCCACCCGAACGGGUCAGAGACAAGCAGCCAUGUGGCCCCUCUGGCAUGUAUCCAUGUACCUCUGUGAAAGGAUAUCCUCCAACCCAGCAAAGGAAUGGGCAGCACAUUGGUGAACUGGGCAGCCCAGGGGGAGACUUCCCACUGGCUACCUGUGGAUUUCCUCCCAGAGGUGCUUUUCUUAUGCCCAUAAAACUCAGUAAGAACAGAGGUCAACAGUCAGUGCAGAACCCUCCUCCAGACAUCUGCAUCCUCACUCUUGCCAUGAUGAUAGCUGGCAUCCCCACAGUGCCUGUGCCAGGGAUUAAAGAGGAGGAUCUUAUCAGAGCUGCACAGAACUUCAUGACAGAGAAUCCAGAGCAAGGUAUACAGGGGGAGAUAACUCCAAAAAGGACAGGGGAUGCACAGUUCUGGAAGAAAGACAGACAGAGGAAGAGACCAGUAGACAGAAGCUUCCAGCCCCCUUCCAUAGCACACUUUGAGAAGUAAAGCCAAGGAGAAAUUCACAAUUCA